CGAAAACGAAAGAAUCAUUUGGUCCAGGACGGAUCUGCCGCGUCUUUUCUCAUAGAGAGGAGCGCGGCAGGGGAUGAGAGAGGGAGAGCAGAGGUUUCUGGAAGUCCGCGUGGACGGUGAGGAAGGGUAGCAGAAGGUUCGUUCCUGCCUUCUGAGGCCCGGUCCUUGGGAACAACAGCGGCGGCGUCUGUGUGUGUAAGGUCUUCGGGCGACCGGUUGGUCGGGCUUUUGAGGCAUUGAGCGCGCGCGACCAUUCCUCAGCUUGCAAUCGCAAAAGUCGAAGACGCCAACAUCGCUGGAGUCACGACGAACCAUCUUUCUCUCGCUCUCUCUCUCUCCCCCCGCCACACACCUCUCUCUCUAUCUCUAUACGCGCGCAUUGUCAGGCGGCUUGAGAAGGACUUGGUGCUGAUCGCAUCGUCGUCGUGCGCUAAACAACGGGAAAGGAGACGAAAUAGAACAAUUUGCUCUCGCUCUCGCGAGCUCGGCGGCAAGCAAGUCCUACUCUAACAUGUGGUGUAUGUAGUGGUGGAGCGUCUUUCAUCGAGGACAAAAACAGAUAUCAGACGGAAAACACCACUGCAUAUUUCUUUUGCUUCGCAGAGCGGGCCGGGCAAUCAGUCGACACAGAGCAAUCCACCGAGUUCCAGUUUCCUCCGAGAUUGAUAUCGUGGCAGUGAUCGCUGUUUCUCCGAUUCGUGCGUACGCAAGCUUGCGCAUUGUUCUUUCGCACUCUAGAGUUGAUUAAACUACCGAGUUGGCAUAUUCUCUCUCUCUCUCUCUCUCUCUCUUUCUCUCUGUGUGUCUCUCUUCUUCACAUCUCUAUAGUCGUUUUUCUGCAGCCGUUCGCACUGUCCAGACUUCGUGUUCCUCCGAGUGCGGCACAUACUUUGUUUCCUCACUGAGUCUCCACCCUGCCAGUCUUCAUAAGGCUUUGACUGCCUUCAUAUGCGCGAGAGCUCGUUGUUACGGAACAGGUGCAGGUUGUGGCUGUGUUGCUGAAGCAGCUAUUGACUCUUCAGCGUUUGAUUGAUUGGUUGAUUGAUUGGGCGAAGAAGAGUGUUGAGUGGUCAAUUCGGUCACUUCAAAAUUUUGACUUACUUUCUCGAGCGGGGAAGUUGCCGGCGCGUCUUCCAAGAUGUUUGGUCGCAUGCCCAAGAAGAGUGAUAAUACUAGGUAUUAUGAUAUCCUAGGGGUGCCAAAGAAUGCAAGUGCAGAUGAGUUGAAGAAAGCGUACCGUAAGGCGGCCAUCAAGAACCACCCUGACAAGGGAGGAGAUCCCGAAAAGUUCAAGGAGCUCGCGCAUGCAUAUGAGGUGCUGAGCGACGCAGAGAAGAGGGAAAUCUACGAUCAGUAUGGAGAAGAUGCACUCAAGGAAGGAAUGGGAGGAGGAGGAGGACCCAGUGUCAACCCCUUUGACUUGUUCGAAUCCUUCUUGAAUCCCGGCUUUGGUGGGGGAGGACGAAGCGGAAGGCGGCAAAGGAGAGGAGAGGAUGUCGUUCAUCCUUUGAAGGUUACGCUUGAAGACUUGUACAAUGGUACCUCGAAAAGGCUGUCCCUCUCAAGGAAUGUCAUCUGCACAAAAUGCAAAGGAAAGGGAUCGAAAUCGGGAGCCAUUGCAAGGUGCCAGGGGUGCCAAGGCUCAGGAAUGAAGGUUUCUAUCAGGCAGCUUGGGCCAGGGAUGAUUCAGCAAAUGCAGCACGUCUGUCCAGACUGUAGAGGUUCAGGUGAAACCAUCAGUGAGAAGGACAAGUGCGGGACUUGCCGUGGCAACAAGGUUGUACAAGAGAAAAAGGUUCUCGAGGUGGAAGUGGAGAAGGGCAUGCAGCACAAUCAGAAGAUCACGUUCCAGGGCGCUGCGGAUGAAGCGCCUGAUACGGUCACUGGAGACAUUGUUUUUGUUCUUCAGUUGAAAGACCACCCGAAGUUUAAGAGAAAGGGUGAUGAUCUCUUUAUGGAACACACUCUGACUCUCACGGAGGCUCUCUGCGGCUUCAAGUACUCCAUCACCCAUCUUGACAAUCGCCAAUUACUUAUCAAGUCGAAUCCCGGCGAAAUCAUCAAGCCUAGUCAGUUCAAGGCGAUCAAUGACGAGGGUAUGCCGCAUCAUCAGAGGCCGUUUAUGAAGGGCAGACUCUACAUUCAUUUCAAUGUCGAUUUCCCAGAGAACUUAACUCCUGAGCAGUGCAAGUCGUUUAUGAAGGGCAGACUCUACAUUCAUUUCAAUGUCGAUUUCCCAGAGAAGUUAACUCCUGAGCAGUGCAAGACUCUCGAAUCUGUCCUGCCACCGAGACCACCGAAUCAGUUGACGGAUAUGGAAAUUGACGAGUGCGAGGAGACGACGCUCCAUGACGUCAACAUCGAGGAAGAGAUGAGAAGAAAGCAGCAGCAACAACAAGAGGCGUACGAGGAGGAUGCGGAGGAGUCGGGGCCUCGCGUACAAUGCGCUCAGCAAUAGAGGGUGUUUGCUGUAAGUGGGGGCUUACAUUUUUCAGCGUGAAAUUUCUUGCUCAGGGGAACCAAUGGUUGCAGACGGAAGCAGUGGGAGAGAUCGGCCAGGUGCGUGGAUGGAUGUAAAUCGACGUAAAUUGAAUACUAGAGUGAAUGGAGUGAAGGAGGACAUUACUAUCCUGGAAAAGGGGACCUGAGCAUAUCACCGAAGUGUCAAUGGAGGGAAGACCGAAAAUUUUCCUCACACGGCUUUUCCUCAAUCUGUCUUAGGUCACUCGUUUGCAGGAGAGAUAUGCCUGUAGAUGUGUGAAGGUGGUGUGUGAGGGGGAGAAGGGAGGUGGUAAACAUGGUGGGUCCCAUGUGGAGGGUGGGAGGGAAAGAUAUUGAGGGUCAGCAGGUGAUUGAUGGGGGUUGCGUGUUCCCAUCCCUUAAUUUCCGUUCCCUCUGGUGGGGGUGUAGAGGGGCAGAGCUGUGUGGCUAGUAGUUAAAAGUAACUUAGCCUGAGUAUUGGUGCGGAGGGGCAGAGCUCUAACGUAUGCCUCCUCCCUCCCCCAUCAUCCCAGACUGACGAUACAAGGUGACUAUGACGAGGCAGACUGAUCGGGGCGCCCUCGUAUGCCUGUCUGAGCUACUUUCUGCGAUCCGCCACACCUUAUUGUGCGAUGUCUGCAGUUGGAGCGCAAAGCAAUUCUUGAAAAUGAUGUUGGCGUAUUGCGAAGACUGCAGUCGAUGACCGGGCCCGCGGUACUUGCGCUAUGUCGGCUGCCGGUGUAGUGGGAGGGAAGCUGUAGAAAGUGAGUGAAAUCUUCAUUCUUUCAUCCUUUGAGAGAGGCGGCUGUCUUGUCGACGGAGGACGGUGGUAGGUGCUGUGAUUGGUGGCUUUUGUUCUCUUUCAUUUUGAUGUCCAUUGUGGAGGAUGGACAAUUGACAGGGAGAAAUUGGUCGGUCGACUUCCAUGGAAAGGUACCUCCUACUUGUCUGCAGGGGCCGUGGAUUGCACAAUCCUUCGUAUGCGACAUGAUUCGUCUCAUGCUAUAUUGCGUUCCGAAGGCGAGCGGUUGGGCGUUGUCUGGUAGCGGGUGAUUGUACAGAGGACAUCUUUUGUUAGAGAAGCAGCAGGAGUGCUAUCGGGGCAGUUGGGACUUGUCAAGCUGUGAGCGGUGUAGCAGUGAAGGAUGAUUCGUAUCGAAGCUGGUCGUUGCCGGUGAGGGAGAAGAGUAUGUCUCUGCAGACGUACUUUGGUGAGAAAGGGAGGGAAGAGUGCUGGUUUCGUCGUCUAGAAUCUUUGAAAGAGAUCCCUGGCGUCCGAAACACAUGCAUCCCCUCUCUAUUGUCCGAUUGGAUGUUACCCCUGCCCUCUGUUUUUUCCUCUGCAUGUCAGCAAUAAGAAGAGUCGGUGUAGUUGUGGCUAGUCUCGGUAGUCAUAGGUACACUGCUUUUAAACUUUGUACGUCUCUGCCGGCGAAGUGAUGAUUCUUGUUGAGGCUGUUUGGGUUCGGGGAUUGCGAAAUCGAGUCAUUGGUCUGUAAUUGGCUGAUUUGUGAGUGCUCGGGAUGUCGUCUGUUCUGCUCUUCUCAUCGAAUCGAGAUUUAUGGUUAUGAAUGAUGUGACGUGACAGCGGCUUUGUUGUCCACGAGCUACUACUACUGGAAUCUGUACAUCAACCGUUCUCUUUUGGACUGCAAUGAAAUCUAGGGCUGCAUUUUUUUGUGAUUUAUAUUUUGCUACUUCUGUACAAUCGAGUCCUACUUUCGCUCUCCUGUGCGAUUGCCUGUGACUUGCUAUGCUGAAGUACAAGGGGGUCAGGCUCUGACAUUCGAGAGCGGUUUUAAGCGCUGCAUUCGCAGUGAAUUUGUGAAGGAGACAUUCUGGCCCUCGAAAAUGACCUUUUUUUUUUCUUAUUUCGUUGCAGAAAUAAAGUACAAGGGGGAAGGAAGAGGGGGUAGUGUGUGCGGAAGCGGAAGACGUGGUUUGUUGUUCUAGUCUUGAUUGCGAAAUGAAAGCAUCUAUGGUUUGUUUCAAGGCCUCAACUCUUAUGUUUCAUCAUUUUGUAGUGGGUGUAGCUUUUUUGUGGGAUGGGUACAUCAGACAUGAUGGUUUCUCAGAUACAGACGAGUAUCAUAGAUGUAGACACGUUUGGCAAUGUCUGGCUGAGAAUGUGUUGAAGUUUUUGAUUCCUAAGCUUCCUUCGUCAUUUUUUUUUUUUUUUCCUCUCUCAAUUUCACCUUUUUCAAUGUCUAUGUACACUACUCCUCACCCUGUACAACGCCACAUAACGAAUGUCGUCCUCCUAAGAAACACUGGGCAUAAUAUCAUAUCAUCGCUUCCGAGGGAGGAUCGGCAGAAGCACGAACGAAGUGCUGGCGAGCCUCUGCCGCAAUGCUCCUUAGAAC